GGAGUACAAGGCAAUUGGAUGAUUUGGAGGUCAAGAAGUGAAAUUCACCCCGUUCGGCUGGUGGACAGCCUCCAGCCUCUACAGUAUUUUCCUCUCACACAACUCCAGCUCCAGCCUCCAGCCACCAGCCAGGCAACAGUGUUUUUCUCUCACACAACUCCAGCUCCAGCCUGCCGAACAGGGUGAUUACAGUUUGAGAGGUACCUAAUUGAAAUCAUGUUAGAUGGAAUAGAUGCCGUCGGAUGUGGACGUGGAUCACGCGCAUCUCGACGAAAUCUCUUGGUUGCAGCGGAUCGGAUCGGACGGCUGGCGAUGGUAUCGGGGGGAGCGGUCCACGUGGAUCUAUCCUGAUCUGCGCUUUUGCUCUUUAUUCCCAUUUCCGCCAUUAUUAAAUGCACAGCCCAGGCCAGCCGAAGAAAUAUCUUUCAUCGUCUUCCCCCAUUCCUCUCCUCCGGCCCCCCGCCCCCCUCGUCUCCUCCGGCCGCCGGCAGUAGCCUUCGGGGACUAGAAAGAAAGAAAUUGGCCCCUUGAUGGGUUGAUUUGGGCCUUGGAUCGAUCGAUUAUUGGAUUGAAAUCGAUCGGGGAUGGGCGAGGAGGCGGCGGACGACUACGACCUGGACCUGGACCUGCUGGGCGGCGCCGAUGACGAGCGGGUGAUGGAGUGGGAGACUGGCCUCCCCGGCGGCGAGGAGCUGACCCCGCUUUCGCAGCCGCUGGUCCCGCCGGGGCUGGCCGCCGCCUUCCGCAUCCCGCCGGAGCCCGGGCGGACGCUGCUUGACGUGCACCGCGCGUCGGCGGCCACGGUGUCGCGGCUGCGGCGCGCGUCGUCGGGGUCGUCGUUCCAGCCCUUCGUAGGAGGAGGUGGAGGUGGAGGAGAAGGAGCAGCGGUGGCAGCAGCAGACGCAAUCAACAACUCGUCGAAGCGGCCCCGGCUGGUGUGGACGCCGCAGCUGCACAAGCGGUUCGUGGACGUGGUGGCGCACCUGGGGAUCAAGAAGGCGGUGCCCAAGACGAUCAUGCAGCUGAUGAACGUGGAAGGGCUGACGCGGGAGAACGUGGCGAGCCACCUGCAGAAGUACCGGCUGUACGUGAAGCGGAUGCAGGGGCUCUCCAACGAGGGGCCCUCCGCCUCCGACCACAUCUUCGCCUCCACGCCCGUGCCGCACAGCCUCGUCCACGAGCCGCAGCCGCACCAGGUGCCGGCGCCGCCGCCCAUGUACCAGUACCACCACUCCAUGCCCGUCCCCUUGGGCAUGGUGCCCAGCAACAAGAGCGGCGGCAGCGGAUACGCAUACGGAUACGGAUACCACCACCACCAGCAGCAGGCUUCCCAUUCCCAGUCCCACCACCACUACCGCGCCGGCGACAAUUGACGACACCCAUGUAUUUGUGGUUGUGUUUGUGUUACAGGCAGGCAGCCAAGCCAAAUCAAGGCAAUCAGUACUAGUGUAUUUGUGGUGCUCUCCUUAUGCUGAUGCUUCUUCCUCUUGAUGUGCCCCUUCCUCCUUUGCUCUUCUUUCUUUGUGUGUGUGGCGUCCUGCUUUUGGAAGGGAGCACGGCACGUCUGUUUGCACCGGAGGAGUGGAGAGCUGUGGCGGGCGGCUGUUUGAUUUAAUGUGAGAGAUGAAUAAUACUAGCUAGUUGAUAA